GUGGGGCGGUCGCUACCCGCCCGAGGUGGCGCCGCUGCGGCCGCAGAGCGCGGAAGAUAUGAUGUACUGGAUACGGUACGAGGUGCGCUCCUACCCGCUGGACUGGGCGGUGGGGGUGCUGUUCGAGCUGGGUGGGCUGAGCCAGGAGGCGCAUGCACUGGGGCGCUACCCGCACCCCGACCUGGUGCUGCAGGUGGCAAGACAGCUGCCCCCCGGCGUGCUGCUGCAGCUGGUGCGGCGGCUGUUCCUGCGGCUGAGCUGCUUCAUGGUGGGGUCCGCGCAGCUGUACGGCAGUGCGCGGGCGGACUCGCUGGCGGCCAUGGUGACGGCAUUCAGGUACGGCAGUGUGCUGCUGGGCCUGGUGCAGCACCUGCGCAGCUGCGCCAACAUGCUGCACGACCACUUCUUCCUGGAGCUGUUCUUCCUGUUCAGGACACCACAGGUCCAGGAGCGGCUGCGGGCGGUGCGGGCGGGUGGGGACACGCUGCUGGCGGGAGCGGCGCAGCAGCUGUUCGAGGCGGUGCUGCAGGAGGUGGGCGACGCAGCGCCCUGGGAGCGGCCCGCGAGGGGGCCGGCGGGCGGGGGCGGGGGGCAGGCGGAGGAGGAGCUGAGCAUUGCGCACCUGGCUAGUCGGGCGGUGGUCCGGGGCAUGCCGGGCAGGGUCACGUAGGCAGAGGCGGUGGAGGUGUGAGCUGCGGUGCGUUAGGCAGGACCUGCCCUGCUGACAGGUGGAUAGGUUUCAACGUACCGGUACCUGGGUGAAUGUAUUGCUGCUUGCUACAGGUGAUUAGGGUAUGGCCGGUGAUUCGCAGUGUGCAAAGAUCAGUGGUCUGAUAGCUGUUAAGCCUUGACGACUGACGUGCCUUACAUACGGUAGCUAAGACACCAGCCACCAGGUGCACGCACACACACUCUCACACAUAGCUGUAUUACACCAUAGCCAACGGAUUUCCCUUCACUUGUGGCGUUUCUGUGGGAGGACUUCAUCUUCCGGCAAUCACAGUACGUUACACCUCGCGGCCCGUUAUUACUACACACAUUCCCGUCACCCAUGCGUCAGACUCCCCACCACGUCGAAGGUCUUUGUGGGUAAGGGCUACGGGAUUCUCUUUAUGCGUGCAUCCCCCUCAGUGCCCCGUUGGCUGUUCAGACCACGUGGGCUUUUCCCUUCGCUCCUCAUCGUUAUCCCUGUUGGCUUGCCAGGCCAUGUGGCCUCACCCCUCCGCACGUCUAAUCGUACCAAGAUGGCCCCCCGGGGCACAUAAGUCCGUGAUUUGCUUUAUUAGCGGAGCAAUACAUGUGGCGCAUUUGGUAGGCUACCUGCAGUCGUGUGACUGCAGGGAUUGAAGGGUC